AUGGAUUUCGAUUUGGUUGUCAAGAAUGGCAUUCUGGUCACAGCCAGCGAAGUCCUCCCCGAGGGUCUCGAACUGGGCAUCAAAGACGGAAAGAUAGCCUGCAUAGGAACCAGUCUCCCAACCUCCUCAACAACCAAGAUCAUCGACGCCGAAGGAGCCUACGUAACGCCCGGAGGUAUCGACAGCCACGUCCAUCUCGCGCAGAAGAACUCCCCCACCGGCGACAACUGGGAGACAGGAACUCGAUCCGCCAUCGCAGGAGGGACGACGACAGUCAUCGCCUUCGCCUCCCAACAGAAAGCUGAUACGUCGUUGUACCCAGUUUUGGAAGACUACCAGGAGAAAUCGGUUAAUCAGACUUACUGCGACUAUGGCUUCCACUUCAUCCUCACGAACCCCACUCCAGAGAUCCUCCGCGACGAGCUACCCGUGCUGGCGGAGCGAGAGGGCAUCACCAGCGUGAAGCUGUACAUGACCUACGAACUGAUGAAGCUGAACGAUCGAGAAGUGCUGAGGAUCCUGUUCGCGUGCAAGCAGUUGGGCAUGACGACUAUGAUUCACGCCGAGUCGCACGAUAUGAUCAGUAUGAUCAUCGAGGGGCUGGAGAGGAAUAAGAAUACGGAUCCGUAUUUCCAUGCUGUGGCUCGCCCGCGGAUAGCAGAGGAUGAGGCAUCGUAUCGAGCGAUCUCGUUGGCGGAACUGGCGGAUGCGCCGAUGCUCAUUGUGCACAUGUCGUCGGAUGUGGCGAUUAGCCAUGUGCGUGAUGCUCAGACUCGAUUAUUGCCCAUCCACGCUGAGACUUGUCCGCAUUAUCUGUUCUUGCUUUCGGAGAAGAUCAAAGGCGAGCCACACGAUCAUUUCUCCGGCGCGAAACAUGUCUGCUCCCCACCGCUGCGACACGACGUCAAAGAUCUCGACGCUCUGUGGCAGUCGAUCGCAAACGGCACAUUCACGACCUUCUCCUCAGAUCAUGCGCCCAGCAAGUACGAUCAUCCAGGCGGGAAGAGGCUAGGCAUGGUCGAUGGCAUUCCUCGAUUCUCAAAAAUCCCCAAUGGUCUUCCAGGAAUCGAAACCAGGGUUGCCUUGCUCUUCGGCGAAACACCAGCGUGUCGGCCGGCUGAAGAAGCUCGGUUGAGUCUCCCUCGAUUCGUACAGUUGGCAACCACAAACGCAGCCAAGCUGUACGGCCUUGACGGAAAGAAAGGUAGUAUAGCCCCGGGCUACGAUGCCGAUCUCAUCAUUUGGCAUCCAGGUGAUAAAGGCGCCACGACCAUUACCCAGAGCAACAUGCACCACGACAUUGAUUACACACCAUUCGAAGGCGUCCAGGUCGGAAACUGGCCUCGAUAUACGAUCCUCAGAGGUGAAGUAGUCUGGGAUCAAGAGAAAGGCAUCGUUGGCCAGAAGGGGUUCGGCCAGUAUUUGAAGCGUGGCAAGGGUCAGGUCCUUGUCGGCAAGACUGGGAAUGUGCCACGGGGAAUGAAGCCGGAAGAGCGCCAGUAUUGGUUGUGA